CCCCGAACUCCCUUGCUAGGUUACCACGUUCUUCUGCCCUUCAGGCCCUCCCUCAUCUGAUCAUCUCUCUCACUCUUUCAGUAGCAGCGCAGUUUUGUUACUGACACACGCCCCCUGUCCUGCCUGUCUGUGUUGACCUGAUAGUACUAGCAAAGUUUGGAGACUCCAUCCAACCUCUUGUCUCUGAAACUUGGACUUGUUGCCGAUCCCAAGGGGAGGUUCUGCCAAAAUUUCGGCUUCUGAACAUCCAUUUCCAGAGGGGAUCGAGGGAGGUUCUGCCAAAUUUUGCUCCUUUGAUCAUAAGUUUCCCAGGGGGAGGUUCUGCCGAAAUUUCAUCUCCUGUGCUGUGACGACCAUCAGCUUUCCAGGGGGAGAUUCUGCCGAAGUUUUGUGGGCUGACCAUCAGUCUUCCAAGAGGAGGUUCUGCCGAAAUUCCCUUCUCUCAUCAUCACUUCUCCAAGGCCAAGCAGUCCUCCUGGUCCUGCCGAAGUGUUCUCUGAACAAGAGGGCAUGCAUGCACUCCUUCUUGUCCCUGAUGUUAGACUAGCUAGCUAGCACUAGCAGAGACUGAGGCCGCAGCGUCUGUUGAGAAUUCAGAUGUUGUUGUUGCUCGUCCUGUCCGAGCACCUCCUCCUGUCCGGAUUUAUGAUCGGUUCCGCCAUAACCCGCCUCGUCCAGUCCUUCUCUGUCGUUUUCCUCUACUGGUUCUAUGUCUUCUCAGUGAGCUGCCACUGCCAGUAGUGCCAGUAGUUGAUCUCACCUUUUUCAAGUUAAUAACUCGGCACUAUAACAAAGAGGUAGCUAGGUAUAUACCUGCCAAACAAACAAGAGGGAGUGAAAAAACUUCAGAUUACGCCUCAGUUUGUGAGCUAGAGGUGACCAUGUCAAGUGGAAGCUCGUUUGGGUCGAGCCAGUGGACUCAGAGAUCCAGGUCGGCGGAGGAUGACCUGGACCUGGACCUCCAGGCCGAGAUGGAGAAGAGGAGGAAACGAAGGAAGGAGUCCAACCGAGAGUCGGCUCGGAGGUCUAGGCUAAGGAAGCAGCAACACCACGACGACCUCACGUCACAGGUAGACCAGCUGAAGGGCCAGAACAAGCAGCUCAACUUGGCGCUGAGCACGACCAGCCAAAACCUCGUGGCAGUGCAAGCGCAGAACUCUGUCCUGCAGACCCAGAGGAUGGAGCUGGCCAGCAGGCUGGGCGCCCUGACCGAGAUCCUCUGGUGCAUCAGCUCAAGCACCGGCACUGCUGCUCCUCCUACAAACCCAGCCAUGGUGAACGGCGGCGUCACGACGACAUGGAGCUGGAGCGACGCCUCUGGUGAUAUUCUUGGCGCCAGCGCAUGGAACCACCAGCAGCAGCAGCCCAUAGACGCGUACCGGUGCUAUUAUUAGCUAGCUCUACAAGCUAGCUAGAGAGAAGGCGGUGGUAGGGCCAGGAGGAAAGGAGGCUUGUUGCUUCGCCAUCGUUUGUUUUGGAGGCGACGGCGACGUUUUGUUGGUAGAGCGGAGGAGCCUAAAGGACGGACAAUGGCAACUUUGCCUUGGCUUUCUGUGACGUGAAUGCAGCGCAGUUGUUCUCUUGUAGUUGAGGAGUAUAUAUAUAGGAAAUAAUAAUAUUGGGCC